CAGGCGGAAGCAGCAGCAAUAACAGUCACAGGUUUGGCACAGGCAGAAAGUUCUUCAAACUCCCGCAUUACUCUGAGAUCUGAUGAUGAACAUCCCGGUGGUGGACUUCAGCGCCUACGGGCUCAGUGAGGAACAUGUCAGUGACGAACAGCUGCAGGACCUGAGCGCCCAGCUGAAAACAGCCUUCACACAAGUUGGAUUCGUGUAUCUGAAGAACUCGGGGAUCACUCAGGAGGAGGUGGACCGUGUUAUGGACAUAUCCAAGAAGUUCUUCCUGCAGCCAGAUGAAUUGAAACAGCCCUUCUGCAGGAAAAACUUCUCCAGCAAUAUCAACCACGGCUGGGUGUCUAUGGAAACUGAGAGGUUGAAUCCGCAAAGACCUGGAGACCUAAAGGAGGCAUUCAACACUUCUUCACUUCAUCCUGACAUAAAAUGGCCGUCAUCAGGUGCUGUAGCUGGUUUCCAGGAGAUCCAGAUGUCUUUCUUUCAGCGCUGUAAAGAGUUGAGUCUGCGGGUGCUGAGGGUGAUGGCCCACAGUCUGGAUCUGGACCCGAAUGUGUUCCUGAGUGCACACCGUUUAAUAGGAACUGAUGAGAACGGCACAACUCUGCGGUCCCUCUACUACCCACCAGUGAAGAGCGAGAAAGCAAAGGAAGGUCAGCUCCGAUGUGGAGAGCAUUCAGACUACGGCAGCAUCACUCUGUUGUUCCAGAGCUCUGAAGGUCUGCAGGUCCGUGCACGUUCAGGUGAAUUCGUCUCUGCUCCCUGUAUCCCCGGAGCCAUCCUCAUCAACAUCGCUGACCUGAUGCAGCGCUGGACCAGUGAUCAGUUCGUCUCUGUGCUCCACCGGGUUCUGCUGCCUCCUGUUGGAGACUCCAGCACCCGUCAGUCUCUGGCUUUCUUUGUCCAACCAGAUGAUGAGGCUCUGAUCACCUGCUGCGACGGAUCUAACAAAUACCCACCAGUGACCGGAGGCGGCUACCUCAUCGAGCGCUUAAGUCAAUCAUACACUGAUUAGGUUGUUCAUUUACACUAUUGUCAUCUCGUCAUUGGUUUUAAAAUUUUUUUCAAUCAUGUUAUGGGAGUUACUUUUGUCAAAAUUCUGAACAGAUCCUUCAGUGGUUUUACUUUUGUUUGUCAUGGUGAUUUGAAUAUGAGUGUGUUUUCAAGAUGCAAUCAGUGAGUCAGCGUAUAUGAUAAAAAGAAAUGUUACAUUUGCUCAUUCAAUUUUAUUGUUGACAUUCAAACUUUGUACAAUAUUAUCAUGAAUUUGUAAGAUUAGAUGUUGGUUGGACAGAUUUAACGUUUUCUUUUUAAGCGGCAUGGACAAAAUUGGACUAGCAAGCAGGUACAGCAGGGUCCAGAGACGUUGUUGUUUUUGCAAGAGAUAGAAAAUUACUCUGUGUCCAUAUUCCAAUUAUUAUUUCUUAUAUUAAUCUUAUAUAAAAAGUCUUUUUUUUUACUCUGAUUUUAUUUAUGCAGAUUAACGUUGGUUUCCCAUCGCCAAUGACACAGUUGAGUCCACAUCCAACCUACUGGUGGUUGUUUACAGUGGCGUAGAGAUGAAAUGAAGUAAAAGUACUCUAUUGUGGAAAAUGACACAAAUUCACAGACACUUUCAAACACUGACACACAUACUGUACACAAACAACAACUUUAGAAUUCAUAGUUAUUACUCUAACAAAGCACAAUUGUACAAAAAAAAUUAUACAUUUAAAUAUAUAUAUCUAACUUCAUCUGUUGAUUCUGUUUUGGAAACACAACACAACAUUUAAUGUGAGUAUAAAAAUUCUUCAUGUAAUCAGGGUAAUCUCUGAUCCUAACUUACUCUUCUCACAUUCAUUUUUCAGAAAUAAUUUUUUCUCUUUGCCACAAAAAUAAAUACAUUUUCAAAGUAUUUCCUGUAAGAGACAGUACCAGUGACAAUAAAGUACAGUGUGCACAAAACAAAACAUUCAGUUAUCAGGCCAGCAGCCCUCCCCAUUUCACCCCAAGGAUCUCCCCACAGAGAACAGAGUCCUUGUUGUGAUGAAAGAUCAAAAUGACAAAAACAAAAGGGUCGAUUGUCUAUGUAGAAAACUGGACCAAAUCCACAUUUCAAGUCUGGCUCAUUCAGCCAAUUUGGCCAGUAAGAAGAAGAGCAUCAUUGGUACUGGGACUAAUUCUGAAGCCUAAAAUCACUUUUUAAUGUGCUCUUGAUGUUUAGAUCUAUCAUUGUCAAAAGGUGUUUGCAAAAUCCCUAACAAUAACAAAAAUUUUGAAUCAUUAAAACACAAAAACACGCGCACACUCACUCCCGCAGCUCGCAGAGUGGUGAGGCUGCUAAGAGUGUCCUGGCACUGGUACAUCCUGCUGCUGGUGAGCAGGGGGCAGUGGUUGACUGUUUCCUGGUACAAGUGGUGCUGGUUGACCCUCGGCUACAUGAACUCCUGGCUCUGCAACACAGAGUCACAUGUCCGCAAGGUGAUGAGUUGUAUCAUCAUUAAGAAGAUGGAAGACACGAGGAGUGUAUUGGUUUGGUUCCUCUACUGGACUGAUAAAAGGUUAAUUUGGACACUUUUCUUAUCUCUGUUUGGAGGUUGUUCUGCUGUGUUUUUGGAUAUAUCUACGAGAGUAUAUGAUUUUAAUGUAAUGCAGUUAUUGUCAAAUUCAGUGAGUAUCUGCUCAUGUUGUGCUAGUUGUUCGUACACAGCCCUGUGGUGUGUACUGCUGAGCAAGAUUAAUAGAGGUUAGCGAGGUAUGCUGAGCCUUAAGUCUGAGUUUUCUGUAUCACAAAAGUGGCUCUCUUUUAACCUGCUAGAUCCCCAUGGUAACUGAUGCUGCACAGCUAACCUGCUCCAGAGGAAGUAAAGUUUAGGAUUUAAAUCAGCAGGAAGAAGCUUCUUCCUUUACCCAUUCAUUUCCUGACAAUUCCCUAUGGCCGGUACAGAUCAUCAGAUGAGGGACUAUCUAAUAUCUGCAAACCUGUUGAGCUGGAACUUAGCAAUCUAGCUAAAUAUCAACCAUCUUUCUCUUAAAUUGCAGAUUCCAUCUUUAAGGAAAACAAUAUAUUUGUCAUAGUUUGUCCAGCUGAUCCUAUGCAAACUAUUUUAGAAUCUAUUUUCUGACGCUGGAGGCAAAUUUUCAAAGUUUAAAGUUCACAUGCACAUGUUGAAGGGUAUUAACCAGUUGGGUAAAUUUUUACAAUACAGUAUAUACUUUUGUAGGAUCUUAACCCUAAUGUUUAAAUUAGCUCAAUAAAUUUGUAUAUAGUAAGUUUAAAAAGAAAGAUGGGGGAUUAACAAAAGAAAGUGAAAAAGAAAGAAUGUCAUAAUUAAAGAAGGAUUAUUGAUGAUAGAAUCACAGUUAUUUUGGCGCACUUAAAAAGGUUCAGGAGGCAGGGAGGGGCUAAUGAAAGACAUACUACAUCAAACUGCUGCUUUCAAAAUCAAGCAUGUGUUUCUUUAACUAUCACAUUCUUUUUCGCUUUCUUUUGUUAAUCCCCCAUUGAUUUUAAAGUGCAGUACUAAAAUGUUCAUUCCUUUAACAGACGCUUACAGUAAAAGUUAAUUUCCUUGGUUAAAUUAAAUUAGACACUGAAGUGUUAAACUUACGUUUUAUGUCAGCUUUUGGGCUUUGAGCUUUCACCCUUUCCAUUUCUUCCAUUGCCUGAGCAGAGAAAGAUGGACAGAAAAUGUUAGAACAUCACAAAACUAGAAACCAGCUCAGAAGUGCCGCUAGAAGGAAGUAAAUGCCAACAUGACAAUGACGUGUUGCACCAAAGAUGAUCAACAAUCAGCUAAAAUGUGGAAAAUGGUGUGGAUUCCUUUAUUUAUUUAUGGCUCACAUUUUUACCUGGUAAAAUAAAGUCAAAUAAAUAAACAAAAUAAACGUAUAGUGCCGGUCAAGUGACUGCAGGCUAUUCAAAAAAAAAAAAAAAAAAAAGAAAUUUCUGAUUAUAUUUCAACAUUAAAAAAAGUGAUUCACCUGCUUCAGCCCCAACUUCUGAGCAUUAAGUUCUUCCUGUUUUUUUUCAAGUUCCUCCCUCUGUUUUGCCAGCUCAGCUGACUUCUUGUUGAUGUCGUUCUCCUCGUUGACAAGCUGCUGUUCAUACUCUCUCAACUCUUCCUCGGUGUAAAAUGGAUUCUGAUCUAAAGUCUGGAGGGAACACAGGUGUGCGAGGUAGUGUGAAGGUCAGGGUGUUACAGAGUGUAAUUAAUGGAAAAAAGCAACUUUAGACAAAUCUUAUCCCGGUGAACCUAAUCUUUGGCAGAAAAGCAAAAGUAUUUCUGUCUCUUACCUCCCACUCAUCUUUUUCAUAGAACUCCUCCUUCUUAGUGGCCGCCAUGAACUCGCUCAGUGACACAAGUCUGUCUUUAUUGGUGUCCACCUAAAAACCACCACAUGGAAACAGUUGUAAUUAACAUCUUUACGAUUGUCGACUCGACACAUACUCCCAAAUGAAACCCUCAACUUUUCAUUCAAAACUUGGAUUCUGUUUCUUACUAGGUCUGCACGAUGUGAGGAAAAUCAGCAAUGUGCGAUAACAAUGUUCAGUAUUGUGAUGACAGUGUAUGACUUACGAUAAACAUUGCAGCAUAUUCCUGUCUUUUUGCUUUGCAGGCUACACUGCCAAUAUAGACUCCGAAAAAUUUAACAGCCUAUUCACACUGAAUAAAGAAAUUAAACAGGGUAUUUCAAAUGCUUUUAUUAAACAAAUUGCACAUGAAGAACCCACCAAUUAAACAGAACAUUAAUUCAAAAAACACGUUUUGACGAUAAGAAAUGUAGUCUACCCCACUCCCUUUAAAAUAUUUUCUUUUAAACUAUAUAAUACCAUCUUUUAACAUUUCCCUCUCCUUCCUAAAUCAUGGUACAAGUCACUACCAAACUGGCACCAGUUAAUGUGAGGGUAGCUGACGGCCUAAUGGGGCUCCAUCUGAUAGUUAAAUGCUUGCAUGCCGUGUGUGAAUGCAUGAUGCAUGUAAAUAAAAAGAUUUUUCCAAUUCAAGUUUUUUUCCAAUGUGUAUUGUGCAUGUUCAUACUGAAUAAUGAGGAAACAAUCAUUUAUUAUUCAAGUGGCAAUCUCUGCACAAUUCUGUAUACAAUUUAUCACAUGAUAUUGUAAAACAUCAAGUUAAUUAAUAAUGAUUCAUGUGAUAGCUGACACAACACUGCUUGAAAGGACUAUUUAUUUUUGCUCUGAUUUAUUUAUGAAAUGAUUGACAGAGGUGGGCACCAUAACUUCAGGUCUUUUUUAAACUCAGACAUUUUAUUUCAGGCACUACUGCUGCAUUUUUGCAAUGAUAUGAACAUACAAUGGAUUACAUAUCCAAACUGCAUAACGACUCCCCAUUAUGCAGGAAUGACAACUAGAACAAGAAACGCUUCGAUCUAAACAAUAAUAUCAAUAUCAUUAGUAAUAUUACUUCUCAACAGUUUGUUCAGUAUCAGUUUCAGUAUCAUUUGUAGGUAUUUAUUUCAUGUGCAAUAUUUCAUAUUUUCAUUUCUUAGGUGUAAUAUUUCAGCUUCAUGUGUAGCAUUUCAUCUUCAUUUGCAAUAUCUUGAUUAUAUGUGCAUUUAUUUCAUUUUUCAGGUGCAACAUAUCAUCUCAUUAUUUCAUUAUCAUGUGUGAUAUUACUUAUGUGUCAUAUUAGUUAUUACUCAGUAUCAGUGCCAGCAUUAUUUUUUCCUGUUCUGUUCUAGCCUCUUUUUUUUAGCUUACUUAUUUUAUUUCAAUUAUGUAUUGAACUUAUGUAUUAUUGCUUUCUACUUUCUAGGCAUUGCAUUUCUUAUGUUAUGUCGUUUGUUUUUCGGAGCAAUACAUGGCACAGGAAUUUUCGUCGGGAUUAGUAAAGUUUUAUCUCAUCUCAUCUUAUAUAGUAUAUUGUAAUGUUAAAAAGAACACUUCUUUUGGCAAAGGAUGCCUCCAUAAAUUGUGGGGCCUGAUUUAUUGAUAAUAAACAUGACAUUUCUGUUCUAUUAUCGUA